AUGUCUGACUCUGAUCCCAAGUUCCAUCCCUUGUCUGGCACUAACUACCCCCAGUGGAGUGGUGAAAUGCAAGCUUGGUUGAUGACCAAGGGACUGUGGAGGCUCGUCUCUGGCGCUGAAAAGUGUCCUGGGACUGACGCUGAAGCAAUAGAGAAAUGGGAGUUGAGAGCUGAAAAGGCUGCUGGUGCAUUAUAUCUCAAUGUCACCAAAGAGCAGCGCAUCCAUCUUGAUGGCAUCAUUGAUGAUCCUGUCAAGAUCUGGGAGAAACUGGCAAUUGUGCACGUCUCUAAGAAGCCUGGGACGAGAUUUAAUGCCUAUGACGACGCCUUCUUCUCUAUCAGAAAGAAGGAGGACGAGUCCCUGCAGUCUCUCAUGACCAGAAUUGACGAAGGCAUGCAUCAGAUUCAAAAUCUUCAUCCUACUGGCUUCUCAUUGUCUGAAUUGGACAAUGAAUUGACAUGCAUGGCCAUGAUUAGGGCGCUUCCUGAUCAAUAUGCCCACUUCACUUCAUCUCUACUACUUCUGGGCACCUUGGACAAGACCCAGCUCAGGGAUGCUUUCCUUGCUGAA